CAGUUGUGGAAAUUUAGAGUGGCGGCAACUUUACAGCAGCCCAUCUCAGAGCUCUAGGUGCUUCACAACAAGUAAACCAUUUCACCAUUGCAAACACUGAGAGGGAGCCAAGGUACGGAAGCAAGGAACAGCAAGUACAAGGAAGUACAAGCAAAUAGGUGUAAUAAGCACCCAGGGGAGGAGAAGGCAAAAAAGAAGAAUCUUAAGAAGAAUCAUGGAUCUCUCUCAGAUGAAGAUAUUCCUGGUGAUCAUAGGCUUCAUUGGAGGCAUCUUAUUGAUUGCUUUUCUUGCAGUUUACUACUUGCAUCCAUUACUACUCAUCAGGUUUGGGUUAUGGUACAAAUGUCAGAAAACUGGCAUGAAGAUAAAAUAUGUCAAGAGCAAGGACUACACAUUCUGUUACUCCUGCCGAGGGACUCCUGGGCCCCAGCCAUCUAUGCUGUUCCUUCAUGGGUUCACAGCCAGCAAGGACAUGUGGUUGGAUGUCAUCAAAUGCCUUCCAAAGGAUCUCCACAUAAUCUGUGUUGACAUGCCUGGUCAUGGAGAUACCACCCGCCUGGAGGGUGACAGUUACACAGGAACUGCUCAGGUUGCAAGAAUACACCAGUUUGUUGAAUGUGUCGGUCUGAACAGAAAGCCAUUUCACCUGGUUGGCAUCUCCAUGGGAGGAAUGGUUGCUGGGGUUUAUGCUGCAUGCUAUCCAUCGGAGGUGGGCUAUUUAUCCCUCUUUUGCCCAAGUGGUCUGCGGAGUCCAACUGUUUCUGAGUACAUCAAGCGUAUCUGGAAUCAGGACAAAUUAAAUGUUGAGGACAAUCCUCUCAUACCUUCAACUGUAAAGCAGAUGAUAGAGCUCAUCACAUUGGGACUCUACCAGGUCCCCAAAAUACUGAACACACAGUUUCUAAAAGCAUAUCUUGACUAUCAAAAGGCAAAUAAUGAUUUCUUCAGAAAAUGUUUUGUGGACAUCACAAGUGAAGAGUCCAGGUUCAUCCUUCAGGACAACUUGAACAAGAUCAAAGCUCCACUGCAAGUUAUUUGGGGAAAGGAUGACAAGGUGUUAGAUCCAUCUGGUGCAGAAGUUUUAGCCGCUGCCUUUCCCAGCUACCAAAUCCAGAUGCUUGAGAAAUGUGGACACUUCGUAGUAGGUGACAGGCCUAGGAAAUCUGCCAAGCUCCUCAUGGAAUUCUACAAUUCAAUUUUCAGUCCAACUGAGAGUAAGAAGUUGGCAUAAUCCUCACUGAAGAGUCAAGCAGUUGGAAAGUAUUCAAAGCUUUACAAAGGCCAGACUGGUGCAAAUACCUCUCUUGAGAUGCUGGAAUGGAUGGAUGGGAGUAAACAGAGCAUGAAAAGUCUACUUCUCUGGGCUACUGAUCCCAGAAUCACCACAGAAUGGGCAAUUUGGGAAGGUCUAGUUUGAAAAAUAAUGGCUGGCAUCCUGUUCUUGAAUUAUAAUGGUGUAAGUUAUAGUUAUGCCAUCACAGCUCACUUUUUUGUUAUGAAGAAUGGAUUUCUGUUGUACCCAUGCAACAACCAGAAUCCCUUCAAAUACCUACAUUGAAAGCAUUACCUAUAUGUACCAACAAGGAAUUACAGUAAUAAACAGACAGGCCUUUAAUUUCUAGGUGCUACUGUCUGGUGGUACAAAAGGUGGUUAUUAAUGGAUUAUUUCCAGCAUGCAAAAAUGCACAUUUGCAAUGGCACAAUGAUGGAACAAAGCCAGAACACCAACAACGUCAUGUAGUAGGACACGAUUGCUGGUGGUGUUGCUGUGUCCCUGUGUCACCACACUGACGUGGUGCAAUAAGGCCCUAAGGCAACGACCUCUGCUGUCCACAUCCCUUCUAGCAACAUCAUGCUCUCUUCAUUCUACUCAUUGUACUCAAUAUUGUAUUCAUUCACAUUUCUGUCCAUCCAGUAUUUGCUCAAGUGAUUAUGCUAAAGCUUCUUGGAUGAAGCCAAUAUUUACCAGUGUUCAUUUGUGUGCCUGUGUGUGUUUAACUACAACAGGAGUGGGGGAGCUUUUGCUCUUUCAGAUGUUUUGGAAUUUCUAAGAAUCCCUUACUAUCACUGGUCAUAUUGACUUGGGCUCUUGGGAGUUCAAGUAUGGAAAAUUGAGGGGAAGGUUUUCCCCAUUCCUGCUUUACUGGUUUAGUAUUUUGAGGAUUGGAUUAAUUAGGAUUAAGGAUUAUUAAGAAGAACAAAAAAGACUACUGAGCAUCAACAAAGAAGGAAAUAAGGCUGAAAGCCGAUUACUCUCACCCCUUGCACAGAUAUCCUUGCAAUAUUCAUUAUAUUAAUACAAUUCUUGUUUUAAUUUCCUGGAGCAUAUGGUUGUCAUUUGGUUCAUAUGCCCAACUGGCUUUAAGAUCAAUUAUUUGCAUUCUUAACAGGUACUGAAACAAAAUAAUAUUAUGUACAAAGUAGAUUAGGAACAGUUGAUUAGAAAUGUGAUGGUAGUCAAGCAUGGUUUUGAGUUACACUGAAGGAAGAAGUAAAAUGCAAACAGUGGAACAGAAUUAGAAUGGGCACUCAACAACAACAGCAAAACUACACUUGCAGCUUUUUAAUCUUGUUCCCAGUGUCACUGCCACCACCUUUGCCCCUGCUAGCAUAGAUCCAACAGCAGAGCAACCCAGCAGGAUCACAGAGAUAAACGUAAGUGUCUCUUAAACAAAAAUGUUA